GAAGUCUGUAUGGCGUCUUAUCGCCGAGAUAGGAGCAAGGAUGAGCUUAAAUUCAUGCUGACUAAUAUUGCAUUUCACCGGCUAGCCUCAUGGAUGAGGCUGAGAGCUCGAGUUCAUGUUGACGGCUUCGAAACAAACAACUUUCACAUCUCAGCCAUUCGGCCAGUAUGUCGAAUCCUAGCCAGACCCCGACGCCUCGAAGUGGUGGUCUUUCACUCUAUGCAAAUUUGCUAGACCCGGAAUCCACAACCCCUGGCACAAUUUCGAAAGGGCCCGUUGUCUUCAAACCAGCAGAUGCAGCAGAUGAUGGGUCAGCUAAGAAACCACAGAUAGAUUCAGCAGCCUUACGGUUCCAACCGACCAAACGACCACAGUUGUCGCAAAAGCCCAAACCAAAACCCUCAUUUCCCAAAUCCGUGCCAGGAGACACGACAGGUUCACGCAACGUCUCUAGUCCUUCAUCUGCUCCCCAAAACCCAGUCCGACCAGCAGCAAAGACUACCUUGGCUGACUGGACGGGCCUGGAUGAUGAUGAUGUGAAUGGUUUCUAUGGAGGGGAGAAGAGACAAAGAGGUGGAAAGCGAAGGAAAAAGAACAAGCCAAGGGAAGAAUAUAUAGCUGUGCAGGACUGGGAUGAUAUUUAUGAUCCGUCGCGACCGAACAAUUACGAGGAGUAUAAGCACAGUGAUGAGAAGAUUCGAGAGGUUAGGGAGUGGAAGGAUCGGUUGUAUGCUCAUAGGAUGGCUAGGAAGUCAAGCGAGAAGGACAGUGAUGAGGAAGAUUACCGUCCACAGAUGAGCAAUCAAUUUGCUCCGCCUCCGAACUACUCUUUCGCACCACCUCCAAUGGACUCUCUGAAGAAACCCCAAGAGAGCACGGACAGCAACGUGGAUUCAGAUACAUACAGUCCUGCACCCCCUCCACCACCACCUCCCGAAGAUGUUCCUCCUCCAGCUCCCGAAUCGUUGCCCGCGGGGGCGAUAUCCCGAGCUCCCGUCCGUUACAACCUUCCACCACCUCCAAGCGACAUACCCAGCUCAGAAGCAGAAUUAGAGAAAGCUCUUGCAGAAGAACCAGAUGACGAUGAGGCUGAGAGUGAGGAUGCCCCAAGAUCGUUACGGCCUGGUCAGAAAGGCUUUGCAGAACGAUUAAUGUUUAAGUAUGGGUGGAGCAAGGGCAAAGGUCUUGGUGCUGAGGAAUCCGGAAUCGUCAAUCCUCUUCGUGUACAGAUCGAGAAGCGAAAGAAAAAGUCUGAUGCUGAGGGAGGUGGGUUUAGAGAGCCUGGUGGACGGGGCAAAAUUAUAGGUGGGAAGAAAAAUGUUCCUGAGAAGGAAGAGGAAGUGGGGAAGUUUGGUCCCAUGUCGGAGGUGAUUGUUCUGAGGGGCAUGGUCGAUGGUAUGAACCUUGACGAGGAGGUUGAAGGCGCUGGAGAUGGAGGCCUGAUGCAGGAAAUUGGGGACGAAUGUGCUGAUAAGUAUGGGCGAGUGGAACGCGUCUAUAUCGACAGGCAUGGCACCUCUCCGAAGGUCUUCGUCAAGUUUACGAGUCCUCUUUCUGCAUUGAGGGCUGUUAAUGCACUGGAAGGGCGAAUCUUUAAUGGGAACACUAUCUCGGCACUAUUCUAUGAGACAGAGCGGUUCGAGCAAGGGCUCUAUGACUAGACACUGACUCUUGCCAAAACAACGAUAUCUAGAAAGUUAUCUUCGCAAUAGCGCCACUUUUUCCCUGCUCUUCGUAUAGUGACAAUCUUCGUCAGUACCAAGCAGAGCCUCGUUGAUAUCCUUUGCCCACAUCCUAACAUCUGGAACUAAGUUUUUGGGAGCAUUCUGCGUGGAUGUAAUGGUACUCUUAGGAUCUCUAGGAGUAUUUCUUGCCUCUGAUGCCGCGAAGCUCAAGUUCGACUUUCUUUAGACGCAACGCAUCUUUAUCCAAAGCUGCCCACCAAAUUCUCCCAUCUUCCUCCACGUCCUUGACGUGAUCCAUAUUUCCGGUUGACUGCUCCUCUGCCCACUGACUGGCGACCUUGUUGUUCGCAUCAUCCAGAUUAGUGUAGGUUUCAAGAAGCCUCGAAUUAGAUUACGGUAAUAGUGACUUGGGACUGAUUCGUAUAAAGAACUCGUACUAGGGUCGUUGACUUGAUAUGUGCGGUACGGGAACUGAAGGCUUGGAUACGGGAGUUUGUAGUACUGGAUGUCUCCGCACUUUUCUUACGUUUUGACGUGGACACAGAUGACGCGGAUGAUGUUUCUUUGGAAGGUCUGCUUCUUUCGCUUCGGCUUAGGGGAGUCUUUGUUAUUGAGCUGCUUGACUCGCGUUGGCGUACGACGCUCGACAAUUAUUGUGGAUGACGGUGCCGUGGAUGUGGAUCUAGACUUUAGAGUGGAAUCGUUGUUGGUACAGGGUGGCGUGGAAGAGUUUCGAUCUGCUUUGGGCUUUUUGUUUGGAUUUGCUGUGGAGGAACUGUUACCAUCAGCACUUUCGCCUCGCUAGUUCAUCGUUGUCUUGGGACGAAGUUGACUUGAAUUGUACGGCAUCGUUGCGCGGGGUCUUACCGAGUUCGAGUCUUCCAACUCUGGGUCAUUGAUUUCGGCAGUUGAGCUGAGAAUAUGUCAUCACAUGAACGUGUGAAUAUGCAUUAGUACUUCAUAUGAUCGGACUGCUCUUAUCUCAAGCUCAAGCCUCAAUGUCUUCACUAGGCGGGCCAAUUAUCCAAAUAACGUUUGAGCAUUUGGCUCUCUGUACUUCAGGUUGGUAAUAAU